GAUUAUUUUAUAAGUACUUAUUAGAUUAAAAGGCAUUAACAUCUUCUUUAUCACCAUUUGCAAAAGAGCAAAGCACCUAAUGGAGACUGCUAAAUGUUUUCAUUUCACCUUUCUCUUAUUCAUACUCCUAUUCCUUUUUGCAUAUUUUUGGCACCCUCUAAACAAACCAAACUUCUAUAUAUCCAAGAAGAGAUUCAGUGCCAAAUUUAGCACAGCUGUGAAGCCACCUCAAACCCAAAAAUCCAGAUACUACUUCACUGAAACUCCUCAUCAUCCAUUGGACCCUCUUACUGUACAAGAAAUCAACAAGGUCAAAGCUAUUCUUUCAUCAUAUCAGCCCUUUUGGUAUGCCUUUCCUGCUAUUCAUUCUUUGUCACUUGAUGAACCUGACAAAUCUUUAGUCUUAGAGUGGAAAGAAGGUGACCCUUUUCCUCCAAGAAAAGCACUUGUAAUUGCAUUAUUCAACGGUCAAUCUCAUGUGCUAGCUGUAGACUUGGAUUUAUGCCAAGUCAUGAACCAUGAGAUAAAUCCUUAUUCAGGCUAUCCUAUGCUUUCAAGUGAAGAUACAUCUGCUGCAAUUCAAGUAGCACUCUCUUAUCAAGAAUUGAACCAAUCUGUCAUGGCAAGAGGAAUGAGCUUUUCUGAUUUGUAUUGCAUCACACCAUCACCAGGUUGGUUUGGGCCUGAUGAAGAAGGAAAAAGGGUGGCUAAGGUCCAAUGUUACUCUUUCCAGGACACAGCCAAUUUCUAUAUGAGGCCACUGGAAGGGUUAACAAUAACUGUGGAUCUUGAGAAGAAACAGGUGGUAAAAUUUUCUGAUAUAGGAAGAGGAAUUCCAAUUCCAAAAGCUACCAAUACUGACUACAGAUAUGCAGCCCAAGACAAGUACAAGCCAAUAGAAAUGGAGCCAAUCAACCCAAUAUCAAUAGAGCAGCCCAAAGGACCAAGCUUUAGUCUAGAAAAUGGGCAUAUAGUCAAAUGGGCUAACUGGGUUUUCCAUCUAAAGGCUGACCAAAGAGCUGGGUUGGUGAUCUCAAGAGCCAUGAUUAAGGAUUCUGAGACAGGAGUACUCAGGAGUGUGAUGUAUAAAGGGUUUUCUUCAGAACUGUUUGUGCCUUAUAUGGACCCAGAUCAGAAUUGGUAUUUUAAAUCAUAUAUGGACGCUGGUGAAUUUGGUCUAGGAGUCACAGCAAUGUCACUUGUGCCAUUAAAUGACUGCCCGAGGUACUCUUACUAUAUGGAUGGAACUUUUGUUUCAUCUGAUGGGAGACCAAUUAUUCAGCCUAAUAUGAUUUGCGUGUUCGAACGGUAUGCUGGAGAUAUCAGUUGGCGUCACUCGCAGUUUUCUCCUAAUAAUGAUGAGAUUAGAGAAGCAAGACCGAAAGUUACACUUGUGGCUAGAAUGGCAGCAUCAUUAGCGAACUAUGACUAUAUAUUUGACUGGGAAUUUCAAACUGAUGGUUUAAUUCGCAUCAAGGUCUCUCUUUCUGGGAUGCUAAUGGUAAAAGGAACCCCAUAUCAAAACGUGUAUCAAAUUCUCAACCAAGAAGAAAUGUCAAACCCUUUAAUCUCAGAAAAUGUUAUUGGUGUAGUUCAUGAUCAUUUUAUCAACUUUCACCUUGACAUGGACAUUGACGACAUUAAUAACUCAUUUGUUGAGAUUAAUUUGGUUAAGGAAGAGACUUUUCCAGGUGAAUCACCAAGGAAAAGCUACUUAAAAGCUAAGCGAAAGAUAGCUAAAACAGAGGAAGAAGCAAGAAUUAAGCUUAAUCUAUACGACCCCUCAGAAUUUCAGGUAAUUAAUCCUUCAAGGAGGUCUAGAUUGGGAAAUCCGGCAGGCUACAAGGUUGUUCCUGGUAGUAAUGCAGCUAGUUUGCUUGAUCACCUUGAUCCUCCACAACUAAGAAGUGCUUUCACAAACAAUCAGAUAUGGGUUACCCCCUACAACCGGAAUGAACAAUGGGCUGGUGGACUUCUUGUGUAUCAAAGCAAGGGAGACGACACACUUGACGUUUGGUCUCAAAGGAAUCGCGAUAUCGAGAAUAAGGAUAUUGUGUUGUGGUACACACUGGGAUUCCAUCACAUUCCCUGCCAGGAGGAUUUCCCUGUAAUGCCAGUUGUGUCAUCAAGCUUUGAAUUAAAGCCUGUGAAUUUCUUUGAGAGCAAUCCAAUUCUUAGGGCUGCACCAAUGUUUGAAAGUGACCUACCUGUCUGCUGGCCUGCUGCCUCAUCUUGAUCAAUGUUUCUUUCUUAUUUAUUUUUAUUUUUCUAAAGUUUAUUUCCAGCCUCCUGUGAAGAACAUAUAGAUUGGAUGCGAUCAGCUAUGAGGUUUUAUAUAAGUUAGAGAUGUUGACGAAUUGAUUAAGGUUAAUCAAUUAAGGCAAAACGAUCCCAGAUACCAUUGAAUUUCUAAGCCCGUGACUACCAUUGAAUUUGUUGGCUAUGCCGAACUCUUCUUUCUCUUUUUUCCCGUUUGCCGCUGUCAUGGCCACCUCUCACCAUAAUCAACAACUUGCCCGAUCUUCGCUCCGCCUUCCUGCAAAGUCUCAGCCCUCAACUCCCACUCCCAAGGCCCUUUUGCCGUUAAAGCCAAGAUAGAAAGUUUCCAUUUCUAACCACAAGGUGGUCUAUAAUAUUAAUUUGGUAAGUUAAGGUGAGUGACGUGUAUUUGCAUUAAUAGGGAGUCAGCACUGAUGUGUCAAUUUGGUUGGGUCCUACAAAGUCUAUGUUAGCAUAAAUUUAACAGAUUUUUUAGUAAAAAGAAAAAAAAAAUCGUCCAUCUAA